GUCCCCAAACUCCAGGAGAGAAACCCCCGAAGUUUCUCACUUUCCAAAACGAAACCAAUAAUGGGAACUCUAUCUUUCUUGUUUCCUCUAUCCCUCUGUUGUCCACUGACACCUAGCCAUUCGUCUUCAAGAACCCAUCGCCAGAAUCGCACUUCAUGGCCCCACAUCUCCUCAAACACCCUCAAAUUCGCCGGAAUUCGAGGCAGAACUGUGGUUUUUGGAGGGAAUUCAAGUGAACCAAAUGAGACUCAGUUCUUGGAUGAAAAUGGUGUAGUCGAUGACAUGGAUGGCUAUCUCAACUACCUCUCUCUUGAAUAUGACUCUGUUUGGGACACCAAGCCAUCAUGGUGUCAACCAUGGACAAUAACACUUACUGGGGUAUCAGCAAUUGCCUGUAGUUGGCUGAUUUUGCGCUCAGUUGUGGUAACAAGUAUUGUACUCUUGUUAAUAUGCUUCUGGUGGUACAUUUUUCUGUAUUCUUAUCCCAAGGCAUAUUCUGACAUGAUUGCUGAACGAAGAAAGAGGGUGACGAAUGGUGUUGAAGAUACAUAUGGCUGGAGGAAGAUCAAAUGAUUUGAAGAAAAAAAAAAAACUCAUCAAGCUCUCUCUCUCUCUCUCUCUAAGCAUGGUUGUUACCCACCAAGUAAAUCAUGCUCAAGUGCCCUUUUUGGCAUCAUUACUGUCCAAGGCAAAGCAAGUUGCUAGUUUUUCAUGACUAUUUAGUCUACUCUUUCUCGCUCACACAAGCUCAUACCAUAAUGUAAGAUCUAUUUGGUUUGCGAGUGGCAGGAGCAUAUAUCCCCACCCAAAUUCUCCUUCUUUGUCAAUGAUAAACAUGCUUGGAAUUUGAAAAGGACGAAAAAUGAGAAAGAAGCUUCUUUGCUUAA